CAAAUAUUGUUUUGCUAGCGAUAUCGAUAUAUCGUGUAUACUUAAAUGUUUACGGAAACGGACACGGACGUUUGAAGAAUUUUAAGUAAUAUUAAUAUUAAUACAAGUUUUUCAAACAAAUUACAAGUUAUGGACAACAGGGAUGAAGAUGUUAAAAUUGGAAACCCAUACUAUUGUGGUGGUGAUAUAAAAGGUAGUGAUGAUGAAGACAAAGAUAAGAGGACAAGCAGACAUCAUAAAAAGCAUAGAAGUAAAAAGAGACAUAGAAGCAGCGAUGAUGAAAGAAGUAACAGUGAUUACAAAAUUGGAAAACGGUAUUAUUCUAGGCAAACUCCAGAUGUCCAAAGAAAAAAUAGUGAAAGUUAUUGGAAUAAAUAUUCUAAAAAAGAAAAUGAAAAAGAUAGAGUUAAAAAAGAAAAUAAAGAAGAAAUUCCUCGUAGCCAAAAGAAGACUGUCGACCUCUUGACAUCAAAAACUGGAGGGGCUUAUAUACCUCCAGCAAAAUUAAGAUUGAUGCAAGAAAGUAUUACAGAUAAGUCAAGUGCAGCGUAUCAGAGAAUUGCAUGGGAAGCAUUAAAAAAAUCAAUACACGGUUUGACCAACAAAAUAAAUGUGGAUAAUAUUGGUAAAGUUACCAGAGAUUUACUACGGGAAAAUAUUGUUCGUGGUCGUGGUUUAUUGUGCCGAUCAAUAAUGCAAGCACAGUUGGCUUCGACUACUUACACUCAUGUAUAUGCUGCUUUAGUAGCCAUUAUCAAUACCAAGUUUCCUAACAUUGGAGAAUUACUUUUGACAAGAUGCAUUAUACAGUUCAAAAGAUCGUUUCGCAGAAAUGAAAAAUCACAAUGUAUAGCAUCAGUGACGUUCAUAGCGCAUUUAAUUAACCAGAGUGUAGCUCAUGAAAUUUUAGCUUUAGAAUUGCUGACUUUAUUUGUUGAGUCUCCAACAGAAGACUCUAUUGAAGUUGCUGUAGCGUUUUUAAAAGAGUGUGGCCAAAAAAUGAGUCAAGUUAGCAAAAAGGGAAUGAAUGCCAUUUUUGAUAUGUUGCGUAAUAUUUUGCAUGAUGGAAAGCUGGACAAGAGGGUUCAAUACAUGAUUGAAGUAAUGUUCCAAAUACGAAAGGAUGGAUUUAAAGAUCACCAAGCUGUAAUAGAACAACUUGAUUUAGUACCUGAAGAAGACCAAUACACUCAUUUAAUAACUUUGGAUGCAGCUAAAGAUCCACAAGACAUUCUUAAUGUUUACAAGUUUGAUCCAGAUUUUGAAGCUAACGAAGAACGAUAUAAGGCAUUAAGAACAGAAAUAUUAGGAUCAGAAAGUGAAAAUGAAAGUGGCUCAGAAGACGAUGAUGAUGGUGAUGAUGAAGAUGAUGAAGAUGAAGAUAAUGAUGAAGAAAAAGAUGAUGAAAAUAAAGUAAUAAUUGACAGCACUGAAACUAAUAUGAUUGCUUUGAGAAAAACUAUAUAUUUGACAAUACAUUCAUCACUUGACUAUGAAGAAUGUGCUCACAAGCUAAUGAAGAUGCAAUUGAAGCCUGGACAGGAGAUAGAAAUGUGUCAUAUGUUUUUGGAUUGUUGCGGUGAACAAAGAACAUAUGAAAAAUUCUUUGGACUUCUGGCACAAAGAUUUUGUCAGAUCAACAAUAUCUUUAUUGCACCAUUAGAGAAAAUAUUUGUUGACAGCUAUGCGACUGUACAUCGUCUAGAAACAAACAAAUUGCGUAAUGUGGCCAGAUUUUUUGCGCACUUGUUAUUUACUGAUUCUAUAUCAUGGUCAGUAUUGUCAACAAUACAUCUAAAUGAAGACGAAACAACUUCAUCGAGUAGAAUUUACAUCAAAAUAUUAUUCCAAGAAUUAGCAGAGCACAUGGGACUAGCUAAAUUAAAUGCACGUGUACAAAAUCCAGAACUGCGAGAAGCAUUCGAAGGAAUUUUUCCAAAGGAUAACCCUAAGCAUACUAGAUUUUCAAUAAAUUUUUUCACAUCAAUUGGUCUUGGUGGUCUUACCGAUGACCUAAGAGAAUUUUUGAAAAAUAAGCCGAAACAGUUACCUGCAGUUGCUAAAGUAAUUGAUGAACUAUCUGAAUCAAGUGAUAGUUCAAGUAGUAGCAGUAGCAGUAGCAGCAGCAGCAGCAGUAGUAGCAGUAGCGGCACCAGUAGCAGCAGUAGCUCCAGCAGCUCUAAUACAGAAAAAAGUAACAAUAGAAGUAUUAAGUUAAAAAAAAUUGCUAAAUAGCUAAGAAAAAAACUGCAAGCCACUCAAAGCAAGGGACUGACAAGUUCAUCAGUAGGAAACGUUAGAAUUGAUGUAAGAGUUUUGUAUUAUUGAUUAUUAUUAUAUGUAAAAUAAUAAGUCACAAUAUUUAAGACUGGAUUUUUAUGUUGUAAAUACUUGUCUUAUAUUUUUCAAAUUGUCAACCAUUAUAAGCAAUUGUUUUUUUUAUUUCUAUGUUUAUAU